CCAUACUUCCCUUCUCUCUGCUCCGAACAGCUCGAGCCUGCGCCGGCCACCGCGAGCGCCUCGUCUCCAUCCUCGGCGUGGCCACCAUCCCACCUCACUCCACAGUCCACAAUUCACACGCUACUCCUGCCUGCGGCCGUCGAGCUAGGCUCCUAACUUAGUAGCUAUUAGUGGCCAGGCCCAGCCACAGCUGUCUUGGAUCGCUGCCUAGGUCCGUUUCGUACGCCCCGAGCUUGGCCUGCCCGCCGCUUUCAUUACGCUUUGCAUCCUUUGGACGCGCAGUAUCCGUUAUAUUUGCUCGUGGCUGCUGCUGCACCGCUCGGGUGCGACCUUGCUGGCCUCGGAAUCGUGCAUCACCCAUCAAACGCAACCGCAACGGCUGCAACCGCAACGAUCGCCGCCGGCGCGGCCAUCUCGAACCUCGAAAGCCGCUCGAGCGCCGCCGACCGACUGCGCGUCAUCGCCGCUACUACCCGACUCCCUGCCCGCUGCUACCAAGUAGCUACAACCGAGCUCCCAACGACUGCGUGCGCUUGCGCGCGCAAUUGCCAACCACCCCGACUGACUCUGCAGCUGGCUACAACCUCACUCCAAGCUCGUCCUGGCACAUUGCUCUCGCAGGCGCCAUGUCUGCCAAGGAGGCGCGCGAGAUCAAGGUUGACGGCGCCAUUGAGGCUGCCCAGAACCCUGAAUCCCAAGUCUCGUCCGCAGACGCUCAAAAGGAAAUUGUCGAGCAGUCUUCCAAUGCAGGCAUCCCCGCCUUCACCUUCGACCCGGAUGCUUCCCCCGAGGAGAAGCGAGCUCAAGCUCGAGACGCCAUUCCAAAAGAGCUGCAGCAGAGCAGGCGCCCCAAAGGCGCCGCCAUCAUCACCGACCAGGACGAUGGCAACGGUCCGGACGAAGAUCUCCCCGAACCCAGCAAGGCCGGCGUCCUUGACGUAGCAACAGACGCGCAAGGAAGAAAGUUGACCGGUGGCGAAGACCCCGACGCCCAAGAAGUCCCGUUCUCGCGGACGGGCUGGGCCCCAAAGCUCGGGUGGCCAAGUGACAGUGCGAAAGAGGGUGAGAGCUUGCUCGAUCAUGCCACGUGGGUGGAGGGGAAGCUUCCAGAUAAGUUCUUUGGAGACUGGUACCACAACACGGGUCUUGUCAUUUUCGCCUGCAUUUCGUCGUGGCUUGUUGCCGUCUUGGGCGGCGGGCUGGGCUGGGUCACCAUCAUCAUGGCCAUCUGUGCGACCUACUACAGGACAUCUCUGCGACGUGUGCGACGCAACUUUCGCGACGACAUUUCGCGCGAAUUGGCCCUCAAGAAGCUCGAAAACGACAACGAGUCCCUUGAAUGGAUCAACUCAUUCAUGGUCAAGUUCUGGCCCAUCUACCAGCCUGUCCUGGCCCAGACCAUCAUCAACUCGGUCGACCAGGUCCUCAGCUCCGCGACGCCCGCCUUCCUCGACAGCCUCAAGCUGAAGACGUUUACCCUCGGCUCCAAGCCGCCACGAAUGGAGCAUGUCAAGACAUACCCACGCACCGAAGACGACAUUGUCAUGAUGGAUUGGAAGUUUAGCUUCACGCCCAACGACACGGCCGACAUGACCGCGCGCCAGCUCAAGAGCAAGAUCAACCCCAAGGUUGUUCUCGAGAUUCGCAUUGGAAAAGCUAUGAUCAGCAAAGGCCUCGAUGUCAUUGUCGAGGACAUGGCGUUUUCUGGCAUCAUGCGCCUCAAGAUCAAGCUCCAGAUUCCGUUUCCUCACGUGGACAGGGUCGAAAUGUGCUUCCUCGAGCGGCCUGAGAUUGAUUACGUCUGUAAGCCCCUCGGCGGAGAGAGCUUCGGCUUCGACAUCAACUUCAUCCCUGGCCUCGAAAAGUUCAUUCUUGAACAGAUCCACGGAAAUCUGUCGCCAAUGAUGUAUGCGCCCAACGUCUUUCCCAUCGAGGUCGCCAAGAUGCUCGCGGGAACCCCGGUCGACCAGGCCGUUGGCGUCCUCGCCCUGACUCUUCAUGGAGCCCAGGGGCUCAAGAACACGGACAACUUUGCUGGCACCGUCGACCCUUACGCAAGCAUCAGCUUCAGCCGCCGCCAGGAACUCGCCCGGACAAAGACCGUCGAGGAUAACCCGAACCCCAGGUGGAACGAGACGCAUUAUCUCAUCGUCACAUCUUUCAACGACACGCUGGAUAUCCAGGUGUUCGACAAGAACGACUUCAGAAAAUCCAAAGAGCUGGGCGUCGCGACUUUCCGCCUGGAAGACUUGGAGGAGCUCAACGUGCACGAGAAUGAGCGCAUCGAGGUCAUCGGAGACGGCAAGGCGCGCGGCGUCGUCUCUUGUGACCUACGAUUCUUUCCUGUUCUUGAAUCCGUCAAAAAUGAGGAAGGCAAGUUGGAGCCGCCACCAGAAUCAAACCAGGGCAUUCUGCGCUUUACCGUAGAGCAGGCUAAAGAUCUGGACGGCACCAAGAGUCUGGUUGGAUUGCUCAACCCAUACGCGGCCUUGUUCCUCAAUGGCAAGACUGUCCAUGAGACCAAGCGACUCAAGCGCACGAAUAACCCCAUCUGGGACAAUGGAUCCAAGGAAAUUUUAAUCACUGAUCGCAAGAAGGCCAAGCUGGGGGUUACGAUCAAGGACGAUCGAGACCUCACGGGGGAUCAGACACUCGGCAAAUACCAAAUCAAGCUCGACGAGAUUCUCGACUGCAUGGCACAGGGAAAAGAGUGGUACCAGCUAUCUGGAGCGCACACGGGCCGUGUCAAGAUGAUGGCGCAGUGGAGGCCCGUUGCCAUCACUGGCGUCGCGGGCACCGGCGGUUACGUGACUCCCAUCGGCGUCAUGCGGUUCCACUUCAAGAAGGCGACUGAUCUGCGAAACUUCGAGUCCUUCGGCAAGUCGGAUCCCUACGUACGCGUGCUUCUCUCUGGCAUCGAUAAGGCCCGCACUGUCACCUUCCGCAACGACCUCAACCCCGAAUGGGACGAAGUCCUCUACGUGCCGAUCCACUCCCCCCGUGACAGGCUCGCCCUGGAAGUCAUGGAUGCCGAGAAGAUGGGCAAGGAUCGCAGUCUUGGCUUGAUUGAGACCUUUGCGGGCGACUACGUCAGCCAGGAUGAGAACGGCGAGUAUCUUGUCAACGACAAGAAGCAUGUCCGCGAAGAGGGACUCCGAUUGCACGGAAAGGGCAUCGCCAAGGGAACGCUGACCUACACUGUUGCUUUCUAUCCGUGCUUGAACAUUGCAGACCCAGAGGAGGAAGAGGAGGAGGAAAAGGAAGUCGAAAAGAAGGCCUUGGAGGACAAGGCGAAUGAGGGAAAGCCGAGCACUGAUCAGCAGCGGGCCUCGCUCGAUCGGUCUCCCACCGCAGGGAAGUUCCGGGUCAGCCUCGACAAGAACGGCAAUGGGGAAGCACGUACGUCAACAUCGACCUCUGGCCGGCCUUCCGUUGAAAACCAAGGACCUCCGAAGAUCCGCCUCAGCCCCGAGGAGCUUCUCAAGCAUGAGAGCGGCCUGCUCAUUUUCCGGCUGCUCGAGGCCGAAAUGCCCGAGGGCCACAGCCGCCUCGAGGUAUUUGUGGAUGACAUGGCCUAUGCCUCGUACGUUUCGUCGACUACGGCCAACAGAGCCCACAAGUUCGAUGAGAUUGGCGAUUGUGUUGUUCGCGAGUUGGACGUGUCUCGUUUGACACUCAAGGCGAGGAAGAAGGGUGACGACGACGACCAUGUCCUUGCCCAGCUGGCUGGAAACACCCUUGAGACACUCAAGCAAUGCUUGAACAAUCCCACGAAGCUCAAGCUGAAAACCGACGACGGCAGAGACGGCUGGGUCAAGGUCAGCCUCAAGUAUAUCCCCAUCAAGAUGCAGUUGGAUCCAAGCGAAAGCAUCAACAACAUGGGAAAACUCCGUGUCGAUGUCCUGGAUGCCCAGGACCUGCCGGCAGCAGACAGAAACGGAAAGAGCGACCCGUACUGCAAGUUUGAGCUCAACGGCCACGAGGUGUACAAAACAAAGGUGCAGAAGAAGACGCUCACCCCGGCGUGGAACGAGUUCUUCGAGGUCAACGUCCCAUCACGGACGGCGGCCAAUUUUGUCGUCACCGUUUAUGACUACGACUUCGCGGAUAAGCCCGAUCUUUUGGGUGUUGCCACGAUCAAUCUAGAGUCUCUCGACCCGUUCAAGGCGUCCGAGUCUCGCUUCAUCCUAGACGGCAAGUCGGGCACAUUGCGACUUCGGAUGGUGUUCCGGCCAGACUACGUUACGCGUACCAUGCAGGGCACGUCGACCUUCUCGGGCACCUUCGCCGCGCCCGGCAGAAUCGUUACGGGCGUUGCCGGAGCUCCCAUCAAGGGCGGCGCGGCCGUUGCGGGAGUCGUUGGCCACGGCGUCGGCAGGGGUGCGUCUUUCUUGAAACGUGGAGUCUUUGGGAAGAAGAAGGACGCGGACGACGCCAAUGGGGCGUUGCCUGAUGUGGUCGAGUCGCCUCCCACUACAAGCAAUGGCCACGACUUGGGCCCCGUCGGCGGUGCGCGCCAGUCCAUGGGAUUGCCCGAGGGUUCUCCCAUCCCCACCAUUGAACAUCCACGAAACGACUCUCCUGGUCACAGUCGUACAAAGAGCAUUGCGGCUUCGUCGAUUCACAGCACGGCGCCAGCAGGCGCGACACUGGGUACGGCUUCAUUUACCAUUGUCGGGGCCACGAACUACCCUCCAUCGACCAAUUUAUACAUUGUGGUCACGCAGCUGUCACCAAAAGAGAAGGUCAUUGGCAAGACGAAGCACCACAAGUCUGGAACCGGUCAAUGGACCUUUGAGGACACCUUUACGGCCAAGUGCACUCCGGACACGCAGUUCAAGAUAGAGGCCAAGGGCGACCACUUUGUCGGCAAAGAUGAUGACUUGGGCGAAUUCCCCCUGUUCGUCGACGAGACGGGGACUGCAACACCAAAGGAGCUCAGCGUGGGGCCCGGUACCGUCACCGUCAAGAGCACAUUCCAACCGGCAGAGCCGAGCGCACCAGACACACCCAAGUCGCACAUGCGCAGAAGCUUCCUCAGCAAGAGGGAGGGGCGUGCCAGCCGUGAGACGACGCCGAAUCCUUAGAUUGGAGCUGCAGUCUUUUGGGUUAAACUCUAAGCCCGGCGAAGUGGAGUGACGGCAACGAAAACGCACGGGCGAAGGGAAAGAGUAUACCUUGGGGAAGGGGAACAUUGAUAUUUGUCAUGACCGCCAUGAACCGCAUGGCCGUCUCGGUUUGCGCUCUCUGAACCAUGUCUCGUUGUCUCAUCACAUUGUUACAGGCGAUCCUUUGAUUCGUUUUUCUUGCUGUCAGUCUCAAUUUCUCUUCUGCCUCUGGUCUGUGGUGGGCGUGCGCAAGGAGAAGCGAGAAGCCAGUCUGACAGGCAGGCACCUGGGUGAGUGAAGGCUCCUGAAACGGGAGGGAGGUGGGGAACCGCCAGUUUUGUUAGUUUCCGAUAUCCUAGUCGAGUAAUUGCUAUGAAAUCACGGAAGCUAGAAUUGAUGUCGCCAGACGGG